AAGGGGAAAAAGCGCAUUUUUGAGGAAAGAAAAAGCAGGCAGGAGAGGAUGUGGUUUGCGUGGGCAAAUUUUGGUGAGAUCGCAUAAGCGAAUGAAUUAAAAAGAAGGAAAGAGAAGCAUCGUCGUCUAUCCUUUUCUCCCGUUGCGUCGCUGCAUUUCCCUUCUCUCUCUUCCUAAAACCCUAAAUCUGCCAUGGAAGGGAAAACCAGUGACUAAUUCAUCAAUCAAAGUGACUUCAUCGUGCGAUCCACUAUGGAGUCGGAGCUCAAAGACCUCAAUUCCAAGCCUCCCAACGGCAGUUCCGCCAGGGAUGACCGUCCUCUCCUCAAGUCCGAGUCUCUAGCCUCCGCUGACAGCAUCGCCGAGAUGGAAAAGAAGUUCGCUGCAUACGUUCGCCGCGACAUCUACGGCACCAUGGGACGCGGCGAGUUGCCCCCGAAGGAGAAGCUCUUGCUCGGUUUCGCGUUGGUCACUCUUCUCCCUAUCAGAGUUCUUCUCGCGUUCACCGUAUUGCUCUUCUAUUACUUAAUUUGUAGGGUUUGUACUCUAUUCUAUGCGCCCAAUCGCGAAGAUGAACAAGAAGAUUACGCUCACAUGAGUGGCUGGAGGAGAGCGGUUAUUGUUUCCUGUGGACGCGCUCUGUCUAGAGUCAUGCUCUUCAUCUUUGGCUUUUAUUGGAUCCCCGAAUCUAACUCUGCUUCUCAGGAAGACAAGCAACAGCCUGAAGAGUCGGACAGACCUGGUGUAAUAAUAUCUAACCACGUGUCAUACCUGGACAUUUUGUAUCACAUGUCAUCCUCGUUCCCUAGUUUUGUUGCUAAGAAAUCAGUGGCUAGACUUCCUCUCGUUGGUCUCAUCAGUAAGUGCCUUGGUUGUGUCUAUGUUCAGCGGGAAUCAAAGUCAUCAGACUUCAAGGGUGUUUCAGCUAUUGUCACUGAUAGAAUUCGAGAAGCUCAUCAGAAUGAGUCCGCUCCAUUAAUGAUGUUAUUUCCAGAAGGUACAACCACAAAUGGAGAGUUCCUCCUUCCAUUCAAAACUGGUGGUUUUUUGGCAAAGGCACCAGUACUUCCUGUGAUUUUAAGAUAUCAUUACCAGAGAUUUAGCCCUGCCUGGGAUUCCAUAUCUGGGGUGAGGCAUGUGAUAUUUCUCCUAUGUCAAUUUGUAAAUUUUAUAGAGGUGAUCCGAUUACCUGUUUACCAUCCUUCACAACAGGAGAUGGAUGACCCCAAACUUUAUGCCAAUAAUGUUAGAAGAUUGAUGGCUUCUGAGGGUAAUUUGACACUUUCUGAUAUUGGGCUUGCUGAAAAACGAACAUAUCAUGCUGCUCUCAAUGGUUUGUUUUCCCAAUGCUAAUUCUUCGGAUUCGUGGUUUGUAUAUCCAUUGUAUGGUUCCAUUAUUUAUCAGGAAAGAAAAGGAAAUUAAUAUAGCAAAUGAUGUGCAGAACAAAUAUUCGUAUUUGAAAUGUAUUUAUCUGAUAACUGCCUCUAGAGUCUAGAGCAUUAAGGAAUUUCUGAGCGGAUGCUCAAUGUAUCUAUAAACUUUUGGUCAGCUUCUAGGAUCAAUAGGAUCUACUUCAAUAUAGGGUGUUCUAAAAUAUGAUAUCCGAUUAUUGUUAUUA